AUGCCGACCUACAAGACGAGCCAGGAAUGGCUGGAGCAGUCGUCUCUCCUCCUCCAGGCCCGUCCAGCAACCACAAGAAUCACAACAAAGUACUCGAUCAAGGCAGUCAAGCCCCGAAAGACCAAGACCGACGCCUCCGCAUCCGCCGAUGCCACACCCGCAGAGGACGCAGCCAUGACGGACGCCAAACCCCCGCGCGGCUCCCUCGUAAUCAAGACCUUCGACCCGGUCAGCGGCGUGGCCCUCAAGUACCGCACCACCAAGGCCGCCGAAGUCUCGCGCCUCAUCACCUGCCUCGGUACCCUGGGCUACACAAUGUCCACCUCGAAACCGGCGACCGUGGAUGCCAAGGACGAGCCGAUGGCGGACGCUCCCGGUGCAGGCGGCGAAGAUACGCCCGCGGGCGGGGCGGCAACGCCGCAAGAGAAACCUCUGGCCGCUGGUGGAAAGAAGAAGAAGAAGGGCAAGAAAUGA